AUGACCCGCAGAAAGACCCCACGCCCCGCAGAAAGACCCCACGCCCCGCAGAAAGACCCCACGCCCCUCAGAGAGACCCCACGCCCCGCAGAAAGACCCCACGCCCCGCAGAGAGACCCCACGCCCCGCAGAGAGACCCCACACCCCGCAGAAAGACCCCACGCCCCGCAGAAAGACCCCACGCCCCGCAGAGAGACCCCACUCCCCGCAGAAAGACACCACGCCCCGCAGAGAGACCCCACGUCCCCCAGAGAGACCCCACUCCCCGCAGAAAGAGCCCACGCCCCGCAGAGAGACCCCACUCUCCGCAGAGAGACCCCACGCACCGCAGAAAGACCCCACGCCCCCCAGAGAGACCCCACGCCCCACAGAGAGACCCCACGCCCCGCAGAAAGACCCCACGCCCCCCAGAGAGACACCACGCCCCGCAGAGAGACCCCACGCCCCCCAGAGAGACCCCACGCCCCGCAGAAAGACCCCACGCCCCCCAGAGAGACCUCACGCCCCGCAAAAAGACCCCACGCCACGCUUAAAGACCCCACGCCCCGCAGAAAGACCCCACGCCCUGCAGAGAGACCCCACGCCCCGCAGAGAGACCCCACGCCACGCAGAAUGACACCACAACCCGCAGAGAGACCCCACGCCCCGCAAAAAGACCCCACGCCCCGCAGAGAGACCCCACGCCCCGCAAAAAGACCCCACGCCCCGCAGAGAGACCCCACACCCCUCAGAGAGACCCCACUCCCCGCAGAAAGACCCCACGCCCCGCAAAAAGACCCCAUGUCCCCCAGAGAGACCCCAAGCCCCGCAGAAAGACCCCACGCCCCGCAGAGAGACCCCACGCCCCGCAGAAUGACACCACAACCCGCAAAAAGACCCCACGCCCCGCAGAAAGACCCCACGCCCCGCAGAAUGACACCAUGCCCUGCAAAAAGACCCCACACCCCUCAGAGAGACCCCACGCCCCACAGAGAGACCCCACGCCCCACAGAGAGACCCCACGCCCCACAGAGAGACCCCACGCCCCACAGAGAGACCCCACGCCCCGCAGAAUGA